AUGGUUGGGAGGAAACCUUUAGUGGAUCCACUAAGGAUCAUAAACGCAGUACUCUACUAUAAAAGUGCAGUACUUGAAGAAAACAAUGGUGUAAAAAAAAUUGUUGUAGCAUCAAACACUGUAUGGUCAGAUAUCAGUAAUCGACUAGGUGGUUCUAUUAGCAAAAGUGCGCUUUAUAUAUUUGUUCAACAAGGACGCCAUGGUAUACAUGAAAAGCUUGGAAUUGGUAUAGCAAACAAGAGACUUGACUCUGAAAAUAAUGUUCAAAGUGUUGAGCCUAUCGUUGCAUUUGAUGAAUCUAGUGAUAGCAGUGGUGACAAUGUAGACAACUUACCAUCAAAACAUUUUACCAUUACAUUGUCUGUUGAUGAAUGGAAGCAAAUAGAACCUAAUGAAGUUCUAUAUAAAAAUAAAAAUAGUUUUCGUUCUUAUUUGGUACUACCGAAAGGAUCAUGGACAAAUAUUUUAGCUGAACAUACAUGGAUGCAUACAAAUUUACCUUGCUGUAUUGCUUUUAGAAGAGCUAAAGUUACAGAUGAAGGAAACCAUUUUAUUGUAAUAGAUGGAAGAUGUUCAAUAUGCUAUUCUUAUUUUAAGGGAGUUAUAUUUGAAAAACCAUCAGAAAAUUCUAGAGUUCUUAUGGAAUGCACAUACACUGGACAGUUUGAUGAUCCACAUAAAAUAAUUAAAAAACGACGAUUAACUGGAAAAGCUAAAAUCAAUGUGGUGUCGGCUAUUGUAAAUUGUGGAAAAUCUAGUGAAACAUAUAGAGAAUUUGAAGCAGUACGGCUCAUGAAACCAGGUGACCCUGAACCUGCAAUUAUUCCAUCUGGUGGAGCUUUAAGAACUUUAAAAUGGAGACAUAAUUCAGAGAAACUUAGAAAUAAAGACACAAUAACAGCUUUGGCAUUAAUGAAAGAAGAAGAAGAAUACAAGAAUGUCUUACAAGAUAUGGGUUGUUUUCCUUUUUUUCUUCAUUAUCAAAGUAGUGAACAAAUUCAUGUGUACCGGGAUUACUGUCGAAAUUGUCCUCAACCAAAAAUUAUAAUCGAUGCCACUGGAUCUGUUAUUAGUAAUUUCAAAAAAUGUGGUAUGGAAAAAACAAAAUCAUUGUUUUUAUAUGAAAUAUUAGUAUAUGAUGCUUCUAAAAAACAUAGCUUUACAGUGAGUAACAUGAUAAGUGAACGGCAUACAAAUAUUGCUAUAUUUAACUGGUUUGCAAGAUGGCUUAAUUGUAAUGUUCCGUCUCCAAAAGAAACAGUGUGUGAUCAGUCAUUAGCCCUCAUAUCUGCCAUAGUACAAUGCUUCACGCAAUAUUCAUCUCUACAAGAGUAUCUUAAUGUAUGUGCUGAUUUGACAUUAAAUCAGUUAGAUUCAAAUUCUCAUUGGCUGCCCCGGUGCUUCGUUAGAACAGAUGUUGCUCAUUUUAUAAAAAUGAUAACUAGAUAG